ACCCGCACACCAAACAUCAUGGAUCUUGUGCAGAAGGAACACGAUAAGCUGCUCAAGAGGCUCAAGGCUUCUCAGGGCCUCAAAAAUGUGGAAUCCACGAUCGAGUUACUACAGUCGGCCCGAGACACUAUAGCUUCUGACCCAAAUCAAGCCGCCAUCACCCUGGCUAAACUCCAGAAUCCUGUCAAGGCAUCCUUUGACUCCAUCAAUGACGUUUUGAAGGAAACCCACAGCGGCUUGAACAAGUAUACCAAGUCUCUUGACAAGCUUUUCAAAGAUCGACCUCUUCCAAACACUGAACACGACGCCCUCUCUCAACAAGAGAACCUAAUCAACCGUGCGAUUGCAAUGCAUCUCCUCCGUGAGGGACAGUUUUCAGUUGCAGCGACUUUUCUAGCUGAGAUCGCAGAACAAAAGGCCAUGGAUAACCCGGAGAAUCGGGAGACUCGUGACUCUACCCUCUCCCCUAAACCUGCUCCCAGUCUACUUGAUGUCGAUGAGGUCCCCUCCAGCGAAAUCAGGAAGCAGUUCGCUUCCAUGUACUACAUUCUCCACGAGAUGAAAGAGAAGAAGAACCUCCUUCCCGCCAUUGAAUGGUCUCGAGAGAAUCGCGAAGCCCUCGAGGCCCGGGGCAGCAAUCUAGAGUUUGAGUUGUCUCGCCUACAAUUUGUGUGGCUUUUCCACGGCGAGUCGCAUGGGCAAAGCACCCGAGACUGGCAAGCAGCUAUCCAGUAUGCCCGACGGGAAUUCCAAGCAUUCGUGCCCCGUUACCUGCGCGAGGUCCAACAGCUUAUGGGAGCUAUGGCCUUCUGUCCAAACCUUCCGGGAUCGCCGUACUCGACCAUCUUCAACAAUACAUCUGCAUGGGACGAUGUGGCCCAGUUCUUCACUCGCGAAUUCUGCUCACUAUUGGGCUUGUCGGCUGACUCUCCGCUCUAUGUGGCCGCCACCGCUGGUGCGAUUGCACUCCCCACGCUUCUGAAGUUACAGACCAUCAUGAAGGCCAAGCGCACCGAGUGGACUAGUGAGAACGAGCUUCCAGUCGAAAUUUCGUUGCCACCCUCUUAUCUCUUCCAUUCCAUCUUCGUCUGCCCUGUUUCGAAGGAGCAGGCAACUGACGAGAACCCCCCAAUGAUGAUGCCAUGCGGGCAUGUCAUCGCUGAAGAGUCGCUACGCCGACUCAGCAAGGGCAACAGAUUCAAGUGCCCAUACUGCCCCAACGAGAGCCAUCCCAAGGAUGCGCGCAAGAUAUUCCUGUAA